AUUUGUGAAUAUGGAGAAAAGUAAGAAGACUUCUAGUCAUGAAGAAGAAAGUGUGGAGAAUAAGGCAGAUCCUUAUCAGGAUAGGAAGGAUUGGGGUGGUAGUUUGAGAGAAGCAAAGGAUUCAUUGGCGUUUUUAAUGAAAGACCCAUUUGAGAAGGUUAAUUCGGAGAAAUUGAGAAAUGCGUUUGUUGGUAGUGACAUUGAGAGUGGUAAAGAGGAUGAAGGUGAGGAGAGAAAGGUUAAAACUGAAACUCCUGUUUCAGAAGUUGAUGCUAAUGAGCAGCUGAACAAAAGAAUUAAGCAUAAAGAAGAUCUUCAAGAGAAACUUCGUAAAACCUUAAUGAGAAAAAUCACCAAACAAGCUUUUGAGAAGGAGAAGGAGAAAGAAAAAUAAAAAAUUAGAGGAAAGUAAAUUGGAGAAGAAUUUCUACUCUGAUUUGGAGGGGAAGCUUCAGCCUGAUUUCUUUAAGAACGAAGUCUAUCAACCCUUCUUUAAUAGUUCUGUCUGGGAAGAUUAUGAAGAUCUAGUUUAUGCUAUUGAGAGAGAUAAGUUUCAACAAGUUAUCGAUAUUUUUGAAAAAGGUGCUUUUCAUGUAGGAGAAAUAGUCAGACCCACCGGGGAUAACAUCAUGCAUGUCUGAGCUGAGUUCGGUAGAGUUAAAAUGCUAUCUCAUUUUUAUAAGAAAGGAGGCGAAUUAUGGUCAAAGAACUACGCUGAUGAGCUCCCUAUACAUCUUGCAGCAAGAGAAGGGCAGGUUGAAACAAUCAUAUAUAUUCUGGAAAACAGUACAAUUCAUGUCGAUACUGCUACUGUGGAUUUAUGGACUCCGUUCCAUUAUGCUGUAAAUAAUGGAUACCUAGCUACUAUAGAAUUCUUAGUAUCAAAGGGAGCUAGUAUAAACUCAAUAGAUAGAUUUGGAAGAACUGCUUUGCAUUGGGCAGUCAGGUAUGAUUUUAAGGAUAUCGUUGAGUACCUACUUAAGCAUAACAUCAAAUUCAAUGCUAAAGAUAAAGAAGGAAGAACUGCUCUGGAUAUUGCUAAAUCAACUAUGAACCUUGAUUUGAUAUCUGUAUUGAGUGAUUAUGAGAAGACAAGAAUUAAAGGGAAGAAGAAAUAAAUUUAUAAUUUGUUCAAUAUUUUGACAACCAG